AUGUCAGAUAAGCGUUGCUGUGUUCCACGAUGUAAGGAGAGCGGAGUUAUAGUUUCAAAAAAAUCUGCAGAUAUCAAAAGCAAACCUAUUGAAGAAAUUUUGAGCGUGCCAGAACAGUCAACAUCAUCAGUCUCAAAUAAAUCUGCAGACAUCACAAGAAAACCUAUAGAAGAAAUAUUGAGCGUGCCAGAACAGUCAUCAUCAUCAGAAGACAACAUGGCGAUAGAUCUGUAUUACACGCCGAGUUCGGCACCUUGCCGCGUAGUGCUUUUGGUGGCGGCUGCACUCAAUAUCCAGCUGAACCCGCAUGUAGUAAAUCUUAGAGGCGGUGAACAAUUACAACCUGAAUUUUUAAAGCUUAACCCGCAGCAUACUGUUCCGACGAUUGUGGACGACGGUUUCUCGUUAUGGGAGUCCCGGGCAAUAAGCAGAUACUUAGUGAAUACGUAUGGUGUCGACAGUUCGUUAUAUCCCACAGACCCUAAAGUCAGGGCCUUAGUAGAUCAGAGACUUGACUUUGAUAUAGGGACCCUGUACCCAAGAUUCGCAGAAUACUUUUACCCACAAAUCUUCGCCGGCGCGUCUGCAGACAAAGCUUUACAUGGAAAGCUGCAGGAAGGUUUGAAGUUUCUCAACACUUUCCUGGAGGGUAACAAGUACGCGGCUGGGAAUGAACUGACCCUCGCUGACCUCAGCCUUGUGGCCACAGUAUCCACUAUAGACGCUGCUGGCAUCAGCCUUCACGAGUACCCUAACGUCGAGCGUUGGUUCGAGUUAGUGAAGAAAACAGCUCCUGAUUACGAGGAAGCCAACGGGAGGGGUAUUCAAGUGUUUAAAGCUAUGGUGAAGAAUCUUUUGCCAAGAUCAGAAUUGUAA